AUGAUUGGAGAAGAGGCUGCUAAGAAAGUUGCAACUGUUCAAUGCUCCAACAACACUAUAUGUGAUCGGAUACAUAAAAUAUCGGACCAUAUUGAAGAUCAACUAAUAAACAGGUUGAAAAGUUGUAACAUGUUUGCUAUUCAACUUGACGAAAGUACUGACGUUGCUGGACUUUCAAUACUGCUUGUUUUCGUGAGGUAUAUUUUUGAAACAUCUAUCGAAGAAGAUUUAUUGCUUUGUACUCCUUUGUAUACAAAUACCACAGGUGAAGAAAUUUUUAAAGUCAUCGAUAGUUAUAUGAAUAAACAUCAGGUUGAUUGGGUUAAAUGUAUCGAUGUAUGUAGUGAUGGAGCUGCAGCUAUGGUUGGAAAAAUUAAAGGAACCGUGACAAGAAUAAAAAAUGUAGCACCAAAAUGUCACAGUUGUCAUUGCGUUUUACAUCGCCACGCUCUUAUUAACAUAUUCAGUAAACUGAAUGAAGUUAACAAGUCUUUGCAAGGAAAAACAAUAACAACAUUCGUGGUCAGAGACAAAAAUAUAGCAUUUAGAAACAAACUUAACUUUUGGAUAUCAUGUGUAAAUGAGAAAAAUUGUGAAUGCUUUCCUCUCUUGAUGGAUUUUUUAAAGGAAAACGAAUUGCAACUAACAACUAAUAUUAAAAAAAUUUUUAUCGAACAUUUGGAAAACCUCGAAAAAUCAUUGUCUCAGUAUUUUCUUGCUACUAAUAAUAACGUUGAUUGGAUACAAAAUCCUUUUGUGAACCAAAAAAAAAACCCUGCAAUGUUAUCCAUGCUCGAAUAUGAGCAGUUAAUUGAAAUAAAAAGCAUGUCAUAUUUAAAACAGAAAUUUGAAUCUGGAUCUUUAAACGAAUUUUGGAUUGAACUUAAGGACGAGUACCCAUCUCUAGUUGAAAAAGCUAUUUUUACUCUAUUACCGUUUGUAACAACCUAA